AAUUCAACCAAAAAUAAAGACGAGUGCCGCAGCAAGAUAAUGGGGUAGAUUGUGGAGUAUAUGUAAUGAAAUUCAUGGAACAUUUCUUCAAUAGAGGCAAUGUUGCUGAAAUUGAUGUUGAGCAUGUAACCAGUCAAGACAGGUUUAAUAUCAUGAUGAAUCUAAUUCAGCAUCCAAAAAAUGAGUGUAGGGCUACUGUUUUGGCAGAUGUUGCUGAGAUGUAUUCAGUUAACAAUGUCUUAGAUGUUCCCCCAUCUACUCCUGUACAUACUGACAAGGAAUUGGUUAUCAAGUCUCCUGAGAAAUCCCCUGUUGAUCCAAGGUUUAAAAGUAAGAAGUCGCGAGCGAAAAACAUGGUGCCUUCGUCGUCAACUAAGUCCAGGAAGAGAAUGUCCAGCGGCAGUAAUCUGACUAUGAGAGACUUGGUCGGAGACAAUGAGUAGCAUUUGGGUACUUUUUAAUUGGAAGAAUACUUGAUUAUUUUGUCUGUAGAUGUUUAUUAUGGAACUAUUUGCAUUAGAUGUUUAUGCCUUGAUAUGCCUUUUUGAAUAUGCAUUGUUAAGCAAUUAUAUAAUUUGUAUGUGUAACUACCUUGUGGGUCUUGUAUAUGCAAGACAUUAACCAAAUGUAACCAAAUAUUGUGUUACAAUAUAUGAUAUGCAUGUUUAGUUAUGAUCUUAGAUAUUAUCUUUAUGAGUUAGAAAUAAUUUUUCUUAUUGAAAUAAAUAUUUAUUGUGUGAUUCUUACCUCAACUUAAGAUGUUUAUUAUGGAACUAUUUGCAUUAGAUGUUUAUGCCUUGAUAUGCCUUUUUGAAUAUGCAUUGUUAAGCAAUUAUAUAAUUUGUAUAUGUAACUACCUUGUGGGUCUUGUAUAUGCAAGACAUUAACCAAAUGUAACCAAAUAUUGUGUUACAAUAUAUGAUAUGCAUGUUUAGUUAUGAUCUUAGAUAUUAUCUUUAUGAGUUAGAAAUAAUUUUUCUUAUUGAAAUAAAUAUUUAUUGUGUGAUUCUUACCUCAACUUAAGAUGUUUAUUAUGGAACUAUUUGCAUUAGAUGUUUAUGCCUUGAUAUGCCUUUUAGAAUAUGCAUUGUUAAG